AUGGACAGGACCAAAGGCAGAAGGCACGCAAGCAAAGUCUCCGAACAGGUUCCGUCUGAUGAAGAAGUACACAUCUCAGCAGUCAACCUCCUCCUCGGUCUGGAUCCCUACGUCCUGAAACACAAGCACAAGAACAAGUCCACGAAGACCCCGGUUCAAGACGAUGACAAGUCAACGUCGGAAACCACGCCAACAGCAGACCUCAGCACCGAAAGCUCUGGAGACUCUUCCGCUACCGAAGAGGCAUCGAGCGAUGAUCAGUCGAGUCCCUCAAAGGCGAGCACCGACGCCGAGACGCCCGCUGAAGUCCAAUCGGUCGAGGCCGACAACUCGUCCAGCGCCCCUGAGACCAGCGCUGGAGAGACUGCUCAGGUUGUCAUGGAGGAAAAGAGUGAAAAGAGCGUGAGUUUCGCCGAGGACAAAAGUCAGACAGAUGAGUCGACUCAAACGUCCUCCAUCGACGCCACGACGACCGCUUCCGAGAACGAUCCCGCCAGGCCAAUGCCGUCAACUGCUCCGACUGACAAGUGGACUGCGUCGGACGAUGCCAUGAUCAUAGGGAUGAAAGAGGACGAUGCUACCUGGGCCGUCAUUGGCAACGCCAUCAGCCGGGGAAAGAACGAAGUCAAGAAGCGAUAUCAUGAGAUAAAGGUCGUCACGGCGAACGCAGCAUCGGUACCAACUAGUCAGCAGGCGAGCAUGGACACCACCGAGCCAGAAAAGUCUCAGAAAGCGAAACCAUCCAAAGACGCCGAGCACGAUGCGUCAAAAGACAACGCGGAGAAAACGUGUGACGAGAAAAACUCCAACAUCAAAGUCCACACCAAGAGAAGGACCCAGUCCUCGUCCAAAAGCCCCCCCUCGACGACCUCCAUGUCCCUCUCUGCCAUGGAAGCCGCGCUCCUCGCCUCCCCGCCCUCGUCCACCACCUCUUCCUCCUCCGACGGUGAUGAAGCCGGCUACGACGCCGAUGACUUCGACCCCUACUCCCCUGACCCGCGCCCCGACCCCUUCGCCCAUGAGCGCGAGCGCCGCCGCCAGGACCGCUUCAUGCAGCGCCAUCUCUGGGCAGCCCUCUACCCGCGUCGCCGCACCACCCAAGACCACGAAGACAAAUAUACCGGCGCCACCGGCUUCGCGGACCGAGGCUUCUCGCGCCGCGACCGCCGCCUGCUCGCCUCGCUCGAGGACCGCCGCCUCGGCAACCGCUGGCUCGAGAUGCAGGCCAACUUCUUCAAUGUCACGGGACGCAUGCUGCCGCUGCACCUCAUCAAGACCAAGCUCGAAGGGCAGGGCGUCACUGACGAGGAGCAGAUGCUGCCGCGCGUCGCGAGGUUCGAGCAGAUGGUCGCCAGCUGGAACAGCAGCGUCGCCGAUAGCGAGGAGCUGCUCGACCCGGCUCUGGCUGGGGAGGUGCCGGAUGAUGCGAUGACGUGA